UGUAAUUUGGGUGAAAGAGGAGGAGGCGGUUGAAUGGAAGACGGCGCGCAGUGACAGUUGGCAGAGGACUCGAACAGGCGUGUGCAGCGAUGGAGCUGAUAAUGCUAUCAGGAGGUAUUCUGGCUCUCCCUGUCCUCGCCUUCAUCACCUCCUUCCUCUUCUGGCCUGGAGUCCUCCUUAAGGCCUACAACUGGUACUGGCGCUGCAGGCUGGGGCUGGUGGUCCGCUAUGCUCACACUGCAAGCUACCGCUUCUGUUAUUCCAGCAGAGGGACACCAGGGGGCGCCAUGCCAUCACUGCUGCUGCUGCACGGCUUCUCCGCCACCAAGGACAUGUGGCUGCCCGUCGUCAAGCAUCUCCCCAGAGACCAGCAUGUAGUGUGUGUGGACAUGCCGGGACACGAGGGGACGAGUCGCACCGGUGCCGAGGACUACAGCAUUCAGGGCCAGGUCCGCCGAAUCCACCAGUUUGUGCAGAGUAUCGGUCUAGACAAAAGACCCUUCCACCUGGUUGGGACAUCGAUGGGUGGGAACGUGGCUGGAGUGUACGCUGCCCAUUACCCUGCUUGCCUGUCCAGUGUCACCUUGGUGUGUCCGGCAGGUCUGGUUUAUCCCACAGAAUCGGAGUUCAUCACUCGUCUGAGGAAGAUGGAGGAAUCUGAGCAGGAGGAGGCGAUCCCUCUGAUCCCCUCCACUAUCCAGGAGCUGGAGGACAUGUUGAAACUCUGCUGCUACACCCCCCCCAACCUCCCCCGACAGGCCCUGCGGGGUCUCCUUGACAACAGGACCCCCAACAAUGGUUUCUACAAAGAAGUGUUCAUGGAGAUUGUCGGGGAGAAGUCUCGCCACUCGCUGCAGGAAAACUUGCAUCUGAUAACCUCACCAGUGCAGGUCAUCUGGGGGACGGAGGACCAGGUGGUGGACGUGUCGGGCGCGGCAGUGCUGCAGGCGGCGCUGCCAAACUGCCAGGUGGCGCUGUUGGACAACUGUGGUCACUCUGUGGCUUUGGAGAGGCCCAGGAAAGCCGCCAAGCUCAUCGUUGACUUCCUGUCUGCGCAGGAAGUCAGUGACGAGAGCGCUAAGAAACUCUCCUGAAUAAACGUUUUGAAGCGUAUGACCUCGUUUGUAAACGACGAGGGAACCGAAGUUGAUUAUGGGGAUGAUUGAAGAGUUUUUCUAUGACAGCGGUUACGUCCGUGAAAAUUCAAUAACAAAACAAAAAGUGGCACAGUCAAAUAUUCCUGAAGUCUUUGUUUUGGAUGUUAAUGUUGAAUGACAACAUUCCACGUUGGGGACAGUUUCUCUUUGAGAAAAACUGUAUUUUAGUCUCUUGUUUCAUGUGAAUGACAGGUGUUUGAUUUUGUGUGAAGUCUCCUGCUGUGAACUGACUGCAUAUCUACCCUCACAAAAGCACAGUCACAAUAGAAAAUGUACUGUAGGUGAAUAAAGUUUGAUAAAUGAGGUGAGCGCAUGUACAAAGAGUAUCUCAGGACUACAGAAAUAAAUCUGAAGAUAAAAAAUA